AUGUGGUUGGGUGUAGGUGUCCUUUUGUGGAUUUUUGGCUGGUUGGGAGGAGUGUUUGUGCUGAGUUGGUAUUUAGGUGGUGGUGGAGGAUGUAGGAUGGAGACUCUUCUGACAACCUGCUGCCUGCUGGUUUCCUGCUCGGCAAAGCCAGCUGGACCAUUGCUCAACUACCAAGACAGCUAUGGCCAGUACAGUUUCGGCUACAGUGCUCCCAAUUCAGCAAGAUCGGAGUUCAAAACACUGGAUGGUGUAAUUCACGGUAGUUACAGUUACAUCGAUGACGCUGGCGUCAUACAAACUGCUCACUACACGGCUGACGAUAUGGGCUUCCGGAUUACUGCUACCAAUCUGCCUCAGGCACCAGUCUCUUUGUACUAUAAUCAAGAGGCAGCUGCAACACGGAAAACUCGGGAAGGGACACAGGAAGUAACAGAACCUGCAGAUGAAAAGACACUUGAGAGACGCAUAGGAGAGAAUAAUGUAUUUUUGAAACCAUUGCUGAAGGUACAAAAUCCGUUUGAAGAGGAAACGCUACAGGAAGAAAAGAAAGGUUCUCCAAAUGAUGAAAUGAAACCAAAGACAAUCACCAGUGAAAAUGAAGAAACAGGAUCCAAUAGAAAAUCCACUGAAAGUACUGCAGAAGUAAAAGUGUCAAAGGCAAACGAAACCGAAGAAUCGAGUGCAGAAACAAAAGAUGUUAAGAAAUGA